AUGGAAACGGAGAUAACCCAGAGUAUGCGUGCACUCGCAGCACAAAAAUGGACCGCGACCACGAUGCGAUACCCCCAUCAUACGGAAAAAGAAUUGGUCCUUGCCUUCUUUCUGACGCUCGAACUCGGCAGCGAAGUACGAGGAAGCAUGAAUAUCAUUGCUUUUGGCAAGGCUUUGCGAGACGAAGUGCUUCAACGAGUGAACACUGCAAGACUGGUCGUGAUCCACCAAUCGAAUCGAUGGGUUCGACGCGCUUUGUUGAGCCGAGACGACCUCGAUGCCACAAUCGAAGACAUGGACGCGGAAGGACCCAGAGAAAAUGAAAACGAGGGCGAACCUGAGACUGGCGCUUAG